AUGCAGAGAUUGACCAAUUUUACGUUUAGAAUGAACUCUCGAACCGGAGUUUACUCGUUUCUUAGAUACCAAUCAUCGUGGAUCCCUAAACAAUUGAUGAAUAGCGACCAAAGAAAUGCGCAAGUCUAUAGAGACUACUAUCGAAGGCACACCAGAAACAAACGGAUUGGCUCGUAUAUUCGGCGUACUGCAUUGGGAAUAGUGACAUUUGCCAUGGUUAUGAUAAUCUGGCAACCGUGGAAUCCGUAUUCUAAGGCAGUUAGCUUCAAUCUAAGGAAGGCGCUCUGGGCAGAGAGCGAUAAGGAAGAUGAUUAUCUGAAAGCGUUAGAUUAUUAUCAGAGAGCUUUGGAUGAAGCCGGGAAGGAAAAGAUGGAACAGCUUGAUCCCCGGUACACGGGGAUUGUUUUGAAGAUAGCUGAGAUGUAUGAAAAAAUGGGUAUGGUUGAUAGAGAAAGAGAGGUGUACGAGAAGUUGGCUGAGUUUCUAUUCGGCAAAUUGAUCAAUGAUGAUGUUAAGGAUGAAUGGAAGGAUAUAUUAAUUGAUAGGGAUUUAGUAGUGACUACGAGACUUGCUACUUUGGCUGACAAGCCACGCCUGAAGGAGACGAUGGAUAAUUUACUUGAUAGAUUGAUAUAUUGUGAGCGGAGAAUUGAUGAUAAGUGGCCAUUUUUGUCCAAUUUGGGAGCAAACGAACAAGUUACUAUUGAAGAAAUCUUGGACUUGGAUGAAAGAAUACCUAGAAAGCAGUUUAUUGAAAAGCAUUCCUCUUCAUCGCCAGAUUCCAAACGGUUCUUGGGACGUUGGUAUCCUAAAUGGCCGUAUUUCAAGGAGAAUUUGAUCAGAUCCAGAGAUCUCUAUGCCAUGAAAGAAAUGGCAGAUAAAAGAAAUGAUUUUAGCAUUGAACUCCUGAAGUCGAAUCUAAUUUGGAUGGGAUUAUCACAGGAUUAUCCCAUUUAUAUUGGAACUGCCAUCUGUAAUCUUGCUUCUGCGUACUAUAUGAAGAGCGAGAGACAUCAAUUACAUAUUGGACAGAUUAAUAGGAUGAUCAAAGCAGAAGAAGAUCCGAAUGAGCUUGUGAACCUUAAAAUGGUGCUGAAAAACGAGCAAAGGGAGCAAGAAAAAUCGAUUACAGAGAGUGAAAAGAUCUACAAGAAGCUGAUUGAUAAGAUGGGAGGAGUAGAAGGAGCUAGAGCCUACGAAGACAAUGCAAAACUUCAAGCGUGCCUGUGUAUGGCUCUAUAUUCAUUGGGAGUGAUCGAAUUAAGCAAAGACAAGAAUGGUCAGAGCAAACAGUACUUCACACAAGCUAAAAACAUCGCAGCAGAUGCAGGACUAAUACAAAUUGUGGAAAGAGUGGACAAAGAAAUGGAAAUGGAAAUGGAAACUACACAAUAA